GUUACAGGUAUAACUAUUAUGAAUAGUGGCAAUUUUGGAUAUGGUAGCCAGAAUUUCGAUAGUGGCUACCAAUAUGUAAAAGGCGCUCCAGGUUCCGAAGGCUGGACUGGGGGGGAAGCGCCUGGAACGCAACUCCCCCUCCCGCCUAACGCUACUACGCCAGCUCCACGAUCAAAUGACACUCUACCCCAACAUGAAAGCCGUUAUGUACCUCCACAUAUGCGCCAUGCUGCAGCAGCAGCACCAGAAACGAUUCCGGAAGGUGCACCGGUAUAUGAAAAUUGGUCGCGUGGACCGCAGCAGUAUGUACGUAGUGGACGUGGAAGUAGUGGUACGUUUAGUGACCGCAAUGUACCAAUGCGGAAAAGUCAAAGUUACGCCGGCAUGCAACCGCAAAAUGAUUACAUGACACAGUGGAAUAGUAAUACACCUGUGCAAGGCUAUGAUUAUCAACCAUGCAUGGGUGGUAGACCAGGACGUGGACGAGCUGGUUUUGGACAACCCGUAAGUGGUUUCAAUCGAAGUGAUGGACAUGCACGUGGGCGAGGUACCUACGGAGAUGGUCACGGAAGUACUCGUGGUGGUCGUCCAAACUAUUCCGGACGUUAUUCUUAUGAUCGAAGAGCGGUACAUGAUGAGCAACAGUGGGGAUCGCAGCAUCAGAGUGGUUUUCGACGCCAAGACGAUGCAGUACCUGAUAAUUCCCGCUGGGCGGGAUUGCGAGAUCCACUGCCGGAGCGUCAGCUUCAGUGGACGGAGCAAUUACCACGUGAUGAACUUUUGGAAUCAGAACUGUUUGCUGGAAUGAAUUCUGGUAUUAAUUUUGAUAAAUACGAAGAGAUUCCUGUUGAAGCAACCGGUCAAGACUGUCCUUCGCCGAUAGCGCUAUUUGCUGACCUGAAGCUUCAUCCAUGGAUCGAAGAGAAUAUUCGACUUUCGGGUUAUGGCCGUCCCACACCCGUUCAGAAAUACUCUAUUCCAACACUUAUGAAUAAUCGCGACCUAAUGUCAUGUGCUCAAACUGGCUCCGGCAAAACAGCUGCAUUUUUGGUGCCACUGAUCAACAACGUCUUACAAGCUGGUCCAGAUGCUCUUUAUAAGUCAACCACCCAGCAAAACGGACGUCGACGUCAAUACCCGGCUGCGUUGAUCUUAUCGCCAACACGUGAGCUUUCGUUGCAAAUUUACAAUGAAUCGCGUAAAUUUGCAUAUCGUACUCCAAUUACUUCGGCUCUCCUGUAUGGCGGUCGUGAAAAUUACCGUGAACAAAUCAAUAAAUUGCGUUUGGGAGUGCAUAUUCUGAUUGCGACACCUGGCCGUCUGAUUGAUGUAAUGGAACAAGGUCUCAUUGGUCUUGAUGGUUGCCGUUUCUUAGUUCUAGACGAAGCAGAUCGAAUGCUUGAUAUGGGCUUUGAACCGCAAAUACGACAAAUUGUUGAUUUAUCAAAAAUGCCUCCGAAAGGCCAACGAGUGACUGCAAUGUUUUCGGCAACAUUUCCGAAAGAAAUUCAAGUUCUUGCACAAGACUUUUUGAUGCCAAAUUAUGUGUUUCUAGCUGUUGGUCGCGUUGGUUCAACAUCGGAGAAUAUAAUGCAGAAAAUUGUUUGGGUAGAAGAGCAUGAAAAAAAAAGCUUUUUAAUGGAUCUGCUUGAUGCUGGAGAGCCAUCUGCAUUAACACUCGUUUUCGUGGAAACCAAACGUGGAGCAAGCGAUUUGGCAUAUUACUUACAAAAAGAUGGCUAUAAUGUCGUUGCAAUUCAUGGUGAUCUAAAACAAUUUGAUCGUGAGAAGCAUCUCGAAACUUUCCGUUCCGGUGUUGCUCCAAUACUUGUUGCUACAGCUGUCGCUGCUCGUGGUCUGGAUAUACCAAACGUGAAACACGUCAUCAAUUAUGAUUUGCCUUCCGAUAUUGAUGAAUAUGUGCAUCGCAUUGGUCGUACUGGACGUGUCGGUAAUGUUGGACUUGCUACAUCAUUUUUUAAUGAUAAGAAUCGGAAUAUCGCUCGCGAUUUGGCAGAACUAGUUGUUGAAGCAAACCAGGAGCUUCCUGAAUGGCUGGAAAAAAUAUCUGCAGAUGCACAACGCUAUGGAACACGACCAGGUCGUACGAAGGGAGGCAGUCGCUUUGGUGGUCGCGAUCACCGUGUUCAAUAUACCGGAAGUAGUGGAGGUAGUGGAUCACAUCGUCAAAAUGGAAUUAAUUAUUCGCCAGGCAGUAAUCAGUGGAAUCAACCGCAACGCUCUGCUCGUGCUCCUCCACAACAGGAUUGGUGGAAUAAUUGAUUGUGGUAAUCCAACAAGAACAAAAGCUGAAUAUCAUUAUAUUGCCUCCUUUACUGUAACACUUUUUCUUUUCAUUUACCUUUAAGGUUUGUUUUUAUUUCCUUAUCUACAUGCUUUUUGUUUUGUUAUCUAUGAAAGAAACUUGUUAUGAAGUUAAUCAAGGAAAUGGCAUCAUAACUACCUAAUUUUGGUGUCAUUUUUUUUAUAGCAUUUUUUGUUUUUUCUUUUUUUUAUUUUUCGUACUCAAAUUUUGUGUC